CGCAAUUUCCCCAUUCAACAAAUCCCAUUAGGUCGUGGUUUCCUCCCCCCGAAACCCUAGCCCUAAUCUUCUUCAAAUCGUGGACCAACUUUAUCCUCGAUCGAAGAACAAGUCUUGCCUUCCAAUAGGAAGAAAUUUUUUCGCAGAUCUGCGCUACAUAUAUAGAUAUACACAUUUAUACACGUUACAAAUUUUUUUUGGUUGCGAUGUCUCGGUGCUUUCCUUACCCUCCACCUGGCUAUUAUCCAAAGGGAGAGAGGAGCGAGGCGGCCUUGAUCGAACCUUCGAUUAAGCUCCAGAAGGAAAGGGAGAAGGCCGAGACAGAAAGGAAGAAAGAAAGGAAGAGGGAGAAGAAAGAGAAAAAGAGGGAAAGCAAAGUAAAGGAUGCUAGUGCAUCUGGUCAUGGUGAAAAGAGGAAGAGAAAGCAGAAAGAUGAGAAGGCUCACAAAGGGGAAAAAGAUACUGCUGACAUGGUAGGCAAGCACAUUCAGAAGAGAGGAGAAGAUGAAGCUGAACAGUUAGAGAGGAGUAAUCUCACAGAAGAACACGAACAGCCUGUGUCUCUACAAAACCCAUGCUAUUCAUCAGACAGUACAGAAAACAGCAACAAAAGGAGGAGACAGACCUCUCAUGUGAAUGAAAUUCGUUGUACUCAGGGUAACAUCUUAAGGAUUCGACUACCAUCGCUAAAGCUCAAAGAAUCUGAGGCUUCAGUCAAUGAAGAGAAGCUCUACUCUUCAAGCAAACCCGUUCGACUACCAUCACUGAAGCUCAAAGAACCUGAUGCUGCAGUCACUGGAGAGAAGCUCUACUCUUUAAGCAAACCCGUUCGACUACCAUCACUGAAGCUCAAAGAACCUGAUGCUUCAGUCAAUGAAGGGAAGCUGUACUCUUCAAGCAAACCCAUUCAAGAAGAGUUGCGUGGCAAGGGGACUGAUUUAUGUAGAGGUGAUGAAGAACAAAUUUGUUCAACUUCUGGGGGAACCGGAAACUCUGCUCAAGAUAAGUUGUGGACUGCUAAGGGAUCCACUUCCAAAAAGGGGAUUCCGACUGUUGAAUCUCUUUUCAAAGAUCUAGUUGAGAAUUGGGUUUCACCACCUCUACAAAGUGAACGGACUGACCUUGAUGAGCUAGAUUGGCUGUUUGGGCGGAAGCAUCCUGUCAGAGAAAGAGUUAAAGCUAGCAAUGAUGUCUCGUGUAUUGGAAGCGCAAACUUGUUACCCCGUGCCCACUAUUUGCCUGAGGUUGAUAUAUAUGCUUUACCUUUUACAAUUCCAUUUUGAGUCUUGUUGUGUUACCCAAAGUUUUGUGUAUAGUUCACAUGAGAGCUCUGUUUGAUGCUGCUGAGCUUUCUUCCGUCUCCAAUAUGAAGGCUGUGUUGGUGUCAUUUUCUGAGCUUAUUUAUAUUUUGCGGAUUUUGAAUUACAUUACAUUGAGAAUAUCACAUUUAUAUAGUACUGGAUGGAUUAAAUCUUCAGAGUACAUUGUUAACUUUGCGUUUAUCCUUUCUUAGCUUGCAUAUUUUUUUUAAUCCCCGUAAUUGGCUAUUUUGUUUGUGAAAAGAGUAUAUGAAUGCAAUGGGAAAUCAUUAAUGCAUUCAUUUGGAUGAGACAUUGGGUAUUCAACAUGAAAGUUGUAUUCAAUGUACAAUCACAACUAGCUUAUGGAGCGUCAUUGGUUCGCCCGAUCAAACUAGAGCAUCCUUUUAACAAACAAAUGACUCAAGAAUUUUUAACCAACAAUUGAACCGUUACACAAAUUGAACCGUUUCACAAAUGACCAAGGUUUUUACAAGAAAACAAAAAUACAAUGGGGGCGGGGAUGCACAGCUAAAGCGAAGCAAUCAGACCCUAAAAGCACCACAUCAACUCAUCACUUGAAGCAAUCAGACCCUAAAAGCACCACAUCAACUCAUCACUUGGAGCGGGGACGAAAAAAUCAAAGCCAUUCAGAUCCCAUUUCAUUGUUCGUUCAUCACAAAUGCCACCUCCACUCCACCCCUGGAAACCUGUACUAUGCCCAUUCCCACACUAAACAGCAUCACACGUUAAUGCUAUUAUACAAUUCACCCAUUGCGCCGCCUUUCUCUUUCUGAAACUGAAUGUAGCGCAAUGCACUUGCAAAGAAAGCAUCUGAAGCUCGAUCUGGGGUUGUUGUGUCGCUUUGCAUAUUUUUUAUUAGUUCUAUUAGCCCCAGAAUUGCAGCACCA